AUGAAGUUCACUAUUUCGCUAAUGCUAUUAGCUUUAUUUAUUCAAUAUUCAUCACCUCUUGAAUGUUAUUUUGAUGUGGAAGAGAAGCCAGAGAGAAAUUCGACUGAACAAGUGCAUUGUGUUUGCGGCAGUUAUUGUUCUUCUAUGUAUUACAAGUUUGAAAAAGUCUACCUCCGGGAUUGUGGCUGUUUGGUUGAUGAGAAUGGAACAACGUUGCAUAUUUGCCUGAAAGAAGGAAGGAACGAGUUCAACGGUUCAGACGUCGAUUGCUGUUCGAGAAAUCUCUGCAAUGGUGGAGCGAUUAUAACACAAUUGCCCCAUCCACACGAGCAAGCCAUAUUACAAAGACCGGGACGGGCAUUACGGGGUUGUUGGUGGAUUGUUGAAAGGAAUUGG